AUGGCGGACUUAACGUCGUUGCUUUUAGCGGCCACUUUGGGUGGUGGUGGGCCGCGGCAACCAUCUCGUGGCAUUGAAAUGCCUACACUUUUCAACUGCGGAACGAAGGAAUCGGAGCCAGAAGAAAAGUUUGUUAAUGCACCUCCACCCAAGCAAGGGCCGCUCUUCCUUCGCGACGUAACGGGGGCUUCUGACCCUUACGUGAGCAUUCGCUAUGAGGGGCACUCCUUCUGCUCACCGCCCCAAAUGAACACCCUGAACCCUGUAUGGGAGUACUCGUUUGAAACGGAAAUCAAGGAAAAUGGAACGUUGCACAUCAGCGUCUAUGACCAGGAUAUGGGGAUGCAAGGGGACUUCUUGGGGUCGUGCCAACUAAAGAUAAUGCGGAGCCCAGCGAAGCUCAAGAAGGAAACACUUCCUCUAGUCUCUGUUCCAGCUCCGUUCUUUUCUAAGCCCCCUAACAGCCGAAUUACUGUUUUCUAUCAUGUAGUGGAUAGGCUGGAAGACCAACCCGACCUUGUGGAGCUUGCGAGGCGCCUCGGCGAUGACUCUGGCGACAAACAACACCCGCAGAAUAUGACUGUCAGAUGCUGCUGCCUCCAGACGGAUCACCCGUCCAUUUCAGAGGGCAAAAUGGCGGCUAUCCGGCUAACCGUUGGAAACCAGAAGGCCGUGAGCCAGCCUGGCAUACCUGACGGCCUGCGUUAUUUGUAUGGACCUCCGGGUGUGGGUUGGCAAACAGACUUCCACUUGAAGGACGUCACAGUAGAGGAUUUGGUCCAGCUCCGCAUCGUUGUUGAUUGGAUGCUUCGAGAUGCAACUGUCAGUCUCUUGUUUUCAGCACUCUCACUCAGGCUCUUUCACUGUGUCCAGGAGGAUGAAUUAGACAUGGUCCGCAAGGAGUACUUCAGUGGCCUCAGCAAGACAGACCAGAGCCCCAGUCCAGCGCCCACGGACAAAGCAGAAUCAGCCGGGGGAGAAUCUUUCCAAGAGUGCCCACAAGUGGAAAGCUCAAAGGAACAACUUUGUCAAUUCCCUUCCAAAGUGCACUUCGAAUCAAAGACCGGCCGCCAGCCCGGAGAAGAGAAGGGCAAUCAAGAUAAUGAAGACACAUCCACUGUACACACGAAUAUCGGCCGAUCGAAAAAAGGGAGACGAAGAAGCCGGGGGGGUUCCACACAGAAGGGGUUCCGAACUUUCGCCUCCUGGCAGUUGCCCCUAGACGAAAUCCGGGAUUUCUGCAACGAGCGCCGCCUCUGUGCAUGGGCUGGUCGAUGCAUUCUUACAAGCAAAACAGGAGUUAAGAGCGGAGAGCUGCUGAUGCACAUUGAUAUUUUUGCGGAGGGAGAGAAGCCGCUGCGAAAAGUCAACAUACUGCGAUUCCCUCCACCAGUGUCACUUGGGUCGGCAAUAAAAGCAGCGUCGGUUCCUGCGGGUGACACGAAACAGGGAGAGUCUACGGAGCCUGGUGAAGCUUCCAAGGACAACUUGACCCUGUACCUGCACUUGUAUGCGGACUUUCUGCCCAAGACAGAUGUAGACUACGAUGCCCUGCCGUGGAACGACUGUGACCCCUUCGUGGUGAUCAAUUCUGGCAACCUCAAGAGCAAGAAGUCGUCUUGGACAACAACAGUCCAGAAUAACCGCCAAAGAGAAGUGGAGUGGGAAUGCAUGGCGGUUGAAGUUUGCAAAGAUCGGCGCCGCCGCCGACUGACCUUUGAGUUGUUCGAUUCCGACACACCGUUUAUGUUUGGCUCGGGAAUACUUAAACAGCACGUCGGCAUGGCACAAAUGAACCGUAUACCUCUGAACAGACCGACGUGGUUGCACAUGUUUGGAGGAGCCAUCAACGGAGAGAGGGAAGAAUACAACACUGCCAUGAUCAAGGGAGCUUUGGAGCCGCCGUCGACUUACCGCGGCAGCCUCUGUGUCCUGGCUGACACAAAACGAACCCGACGAAGAGACUGGCCCCCCUUCCCAGACCGUUGCGGCGCCUCUGUACACAUUCAGCCCUUGCAGACCACUUUCUUCACGGGUUUCAUUCAAAUAUUGGAUCACGCUUAUGAGCGAUUGGGAUAUUUGUUGAUUGGCUUGCUUGUGCGAUUUAGAGAACGCGAAGUCAGCCUCCUAAUUCAGGUGCCCGGUUGCGUGCUCGAAAUACCUGGCGCGGGGCCUGCCAAGGGAUUUUUCUCUCAGGGUCAGGUUGCCAAGCAUGUGCCACUCACAAGUACCCUCAAUGGCGUCCGAAAGUGCCGCGAAAUGUCUGAAAUUCCGCCGGCGAAUGCAGAUAUCCUAGAGUUUCCUGGGUACGUAGACAGCAAAGGAGUGUUGCGAUUGUACAACUGGACCUCCCCACGCUCGGAGAUGCAACACGACACGGCGACGGCGUUUAAAGAAGCUGGCGGGGGGAAAGACAAAGUGACUGGCCAGUUGGCGUCCGAUGCGUCCGAGACAGAUCCUGUUUGGAGAGACCUCGCUGAACUGCCGCUUUCUCUAAUGAACGCAUGGGUUUUACGCGAAUCUGAGCCAGUGUUCCUACUCCCUCAAGUACAGCAUGCCUAUGUAUAUUUGGUUCCAGUAGGAGAAGAACACCUGCCCCCCAAGAUUUUUGGCCGCAUCCCGCUUACUCUGAGUGUAGGCACGAAAGCUGCACUGGACAGCCAUGGCUCUGCAGGGGACCCGAGCGAUUGGCCACCGAGCGAAGCAUUGUCCAACGACAAAGUGGACAGUGUCUCGGAACUGGAGCAAACAAUUCCAUCAAAACAAGAAAUUGAAGGGCAAGGCUCUCUACACCCCGCUGUGCCUCACUGUGAAAAGAUGUCGUGGGAAGUCAGCACACUGCAGGACCAAAACACAGAUGCAGCAGCCUCCGACGACGGCGUAACCAUUGAGCCUCUAAAAUGGAUCCAGAUGCACUGGGACCAGUCAGUCACUCCUCUGCCAGAGUGCCGUUUCCCUUCAACUUUUGCUGCUUGUCUCCUUGCCUCGGCCCGGGCAGUUUUGAGCAGGGCGCCGUCUCCUCUAGGUUACGAUUCCACUGCUUCAGGUGACUCCCAAAGCAGCACUGACAACGGCAGCCAAGGGCACGAUACGGAAGCAGCCGACUGGCCGUCCGUUGCCAAAAACCCUAUCCCCAAAGCAGAAGUCGUUUCGGUGUUUUGCGGAGUGGACACACGGGAGCGCCGCUGCGGCCACAUAGGAAGGAAGGUGCUGAGCGAAUCGCUUUUUUGCUUUCCUCCUGAAAACGGCCAGUCUGGUGGGCAGCUAAGAAAUCCAGGUCGUGGACAUCGAGCAGGGAGUUCUCUUCAAAGUUCGGCAAUUGGACCUUCCCCGUUUUACAGAAAGGUGUUUUUCCAUGGUGACAUUCUGCAGGCGAGGAGUCUGCCGGCCAUGGACAGUGACGCACUGGUAAAUCCUUGGUGGUCCGUGGAAGUCGAGGGGGAGCUCAUUAAAAUGGUGGACGAGCAACAUAUUGAUCGGGAAAUGAGUUGCCUAAAGACCAGCUUAAACCCUGCCUUUUUGCAGCGGACAGCCGCCCCUGUGUAUUUAUAUCUUGGUCCUCAAACAAAUGUGCAAAGUGUCACUUUGGCAACUGGACUCCCACCCUUUAACCAGUUGCUGCUGCCGCCUCCCCCUGUUUUGCUGCGCCUUUUCGACAUCGACAUUGGAAAAGGUGGCGAAGUGGCGAAGGAAAUGAUAGCACUGGUCAUAGAGUGGUCCCCUGCCAAUUUAGACUUGCGCUACAGAGCGGCUUUGCAGAAGUUGGACUCUGAGCACCCUCGUGGAGGCCUGACCAACGGAAAGCAACUGAUGGAAUCUGUAACUGACGUUAAUUACGCCCACCAGGCGGUUUGGUAUGCGCUUGCAAACAGAGAACAGGCAGCAUUCACUGCAGUGGAAGAGAGCGUGGCUACGAGCAUCGAGUGGGAUGCAAAACCCCGACUGUUGGCAGCUGUUGGGUUUGCUCUGAAUGGGUUUGGCAAAAGUCCCAAUCAACGACUGUCUACAGCCACGACUGCUGACUCUCGAAGCCAACCAGCUGCAAACAAGAGAUCACUUGCCAGCUCUCUAGUGGCGCCCUGGCCGGUGCUCGCGCUGGACAACCCCGUUCAUGUGACAGCUUCCAACUGCCCGCUGCUGAAAUACCAUUUUGACGUUGACAUCCUCGGUAUCCGGUGCUUGGCAAACUCGUCUGCUGACCAAGCGGGGUCGGAGCUCGUCCUGCAGGUAUCUGCUUUCUGGCAAGGCAGUGCCAAAGACCUUCAAUUGACUUUGAGCUCCUCGGAUUUCCCAGGCCCCAAUGUAGUGGCGCGCUUCAGUGAAACCGAACCGGAAACCCGUCGAAAGGUGUUUGCGGAGGUAGUUGAUGUGAAAGAGGGGAAAAUGUCACGUCAGGUUUUGCUUCCAAUACGCCGAAACGUUGAGUCAAGCACUGCUCCUGGCCAGUGGGUCGGGGCGCGUUUGUCUAUAACAUCCUUUGCCACACCGUUCUUGCCGUACAUUCAGGAAGAAGUGUCCUACCUGCCUAACCAGAUGGCAAAAAUGCAGCAGCAUGUAUCUACAAAGUCUCUUAAUGGCACAAACGGAAUGGCAGGAGGAACAGACGGGGUUUUCUACAAAAUGAUGGAGUCAAAAGGUGUUUACAGCACACGAGGCAGCGGGCGCAUUAUGCGCAGGCACGGCAUAAAGGCAAUCCUACCGGAUAUCUGCUUUCGCCUCGUAAACAGAGAUGGGUCUGAACUUGGCACGCUGUCGCUUGCGCUCAAUUCAUUCGUAAAGGUGCCACAAGGAGAGCACUGCCUGAAACUGCAGCUUGAGAGUCCGCUGUUGGCUCGGCUUCCUCCGCCAAUGAUGGACGUUGGAAUGAUGGUGAUUCGUGGGCUUCGUGUCUCAGUUGUCAACUUACGCUUCGCAACUCAGGAACAAAGGGCCAUGCCAGACUUGCCGUUUGUGAAUACGGCAGAUGUGGACGUUUUAAUAGAAUGUUUUAGCGAGCAUACAGGAGAUCUUAUUUAUGACUCUGACUGCAAAGUGGGCCGAAUGCUGACGGACCAUGACAUGUUUUUCGUCCGCGACAAGGCGGGCUGUGUUCACACCCACGUUUUGAAUGCUGACGACUACUUUGCUGGCUAUGGCGAAAAAAUGGACAUUCCCUUCGUAGAACCCAUCAUGCAGGCCGACCUGGCUGAUCCGGGACCCACCCCUUCUGAAUAUGCCCGUUUUUUUGAGGAAACCCGCCGCAGGAUCGUCGGUGACAGCCGAAGUGUACGCCUUCGUUCCAAAAAGAGAAGUGUGGAGACCUCGAAAACAUUUCGUGUUGAAGAUGAGGAACACGAAAAACAGCUUACGAAGGUCGACUACAAAGUAGCUGCGAACAGAGAGGAUGACCGAGUCCGGCACGCAACGCGUACAUGGCUCCGAAAGCGUGGCCAUGAAGCUUGCCUGGAUGAGGAAAGGGAAGCGGCUAUUGGUAUUGCUGUUUUUUUCAGCUCGUGCUUGCUAGCGAGGCUGAUGCUGAUGCGGUCUGAGUACGGAGAUUCUGCGGAGUCCGGCGACCCAGUUUCUGGGGCCAACAAGUACUUGCCAAGAAAAUUAUUGCCGACGUUUAACAUGGUCAACAUUUUUGCACGGAAAGAAGGCAAGUCCGGGGUGGUAGUUUGGUCGGCGUCAUCAAGUGGGGGCGAAGGCCGCUUUGGCAGGGCAGGCGACUUGCUGCUCAUCUUCAGAACUACAGCUGACAAGCAAUACCACCGCAUAUGCGUUCCUAGCCUCGACAUACGGUGGGUUGGACUUUGCCAUGUUACAUCAGCAUUCGAGCGAACAGGCAGAAACCUCAUGGAGAAUAUAUCAAUGCUGAAAAGCGCUUCUUGUUCAUUCCCUCACAUUGUAGCCUGCCGCAUUCCUUUUGUUUCUCCAGAUAUCCUCAUGAAAACGCGUUCUACAUCUACGACACAAUCACCCAAAGCUUCGUGGAUUUCCACAGAAUGGCAGCCAGACCAGGAGGAACUCGAAGUGGAGAUCAUCGAGCUCGAGAAUGAACUGGCGAGACUCCGCGAAGCUGGUGGAGGAUACAGAAAAGAAGCUUGUGAUGAUCCCAAGGCUGGAUUCGGCUAUGCACUUGACGUGCAGCGUGGUGAGUUGGUAUGUCGGCUGAAGAAAACAAGCACCUACUUUGACCGGAACCAAAGCCUGCUGUGGUUCGACAGCUUCGCCGUGCUUCCCACCCUCAACUUGUCCCUUCCAAUGGUUUGGGGAGAGGAUAAGAAAAGAGUGGCCGUUCUGAAGGGGUGGGUGAGGGUGACAGACAUUACUUCAAUGGAGAAGACCCUCAACGAUGACGAUGCUCACUAUGAUACCGGAGGGGUCGGUGUGGUGACCAGCUCAACAGAGACGCAGAUACAGCCCUUGCAGCAACCAGGAAGAAGGAAAGCUCCCAGUAUCACUUCAGAUAUAUCUGGAUAUGCCACUGGUGGCUAUCCACGCCCUGCAGUGCUGAUUGCGCCGCCAAUGCACCGCUGGAUGGAAGAAGUUGUGGUGGUGCACGUAUACGUCUUGACAGCACGAAACCUACAAAAUGUUGAUGCAAUAGGAAUGAGCGAUCCGUACUUGAAGCUACAACUCGGACAACAGGUUGUUGUGUCGGAACGAGUAUUCGACGGGAACUGCAAUCCGAAUUUCUACGAGCAUUUUGUCUUCCGCGUGAUGAUUCCUGGAUCGGCCAUUUUGAAAAUAACUGUCAUGGACAAAGGGGAUGUGUUGCAGAGCGAUUCCCCAUUGGGAAUUGUUUCAGUCGAUCUAGAGGAGCGGUGGCUAGCAUUACGAGCUUCCCGUAUUACUCAAUACCAAAAGAUGUGCCCUGUGGUUGGACCGGGAAAAACGACAUACGCCCCCCCUUUGCACUAUUUUCCGAUCGAAUUUCAAUCCCUCCAGACCGGGGAAGGCGAUGGAGAUAUUGGCUUAUCACAGGGGACUCUUAGAUACUUUAUCGACUUGCAUGGCGAGACAGAUCCGUAUGAAGAGCUUUCUCUUUCCCACUUGGGGAUUGAGGAGGAAUUCGAGCUGCGCUUCAUCGUUUGGAAUAUCGAGAAUAUAAACGUAUUCAAAGGCUCUUCAGGGGAGCGGAACGACCUAAAAGUUCGAGUUGAACUGUUUAUGACGGACUUCGAGUUGGUGGAUUCGUGCGAAAGUUUUGACACGGAUGUACAUUUCUUCUCGAAGCGUACAGCCACAUUUAACUGGCGAAUUCUCAAACGGGUCAGGUUACCCUUGGCUGCUCUCAGUGUCAAGCUUACACUCGUUGACAUCAACGCCCCUGCAGCUGACAACGCCCUGUACAAUCCAGAGACGCUUAGCCUCGACGCGCUUGCCUUAACUGCUAUUACUCGGUUCCGCCAAGAACAAAAGCCGAUAGGCCCCGUUGACUUCGACAUUAUAUUCGACGACCCUUUGGGGGCCGGAAUGGUCGAGCACUGGUGCCAGGCAUUUUGGUGUGCACCAUACGAAGCAAUGGGAUGCCCCCCCGCUGUGACUGGCUGCUGCAACCGGCGCGAGGUGCGUGGAAACUUCAUGGAAGAGAACGACGAGUCCGUCGCCCUGUGCUGCUGUCUGGGCUAUUGCUGCUGCGGACGCCAGGCAAAACGCCGCCGUGUUGGAACGUUUCUUUCUGGCCCCACAACGCUCCACUGCACCGUCGCUCUGCUUCCCAAGACAGAAGCGGAUGCCCAGCCAGUGGGCGCGGGCCGAGCUGCUCCGGAGCCACUAGCGGAACCAACAGAUCGCCCGUCACCCAACAUGAUGCUAACUGGCAACCUCAAUGGGAUGCUGCAUGCUGACAGUGCUUCUUCUAAUCGUUCUAAUCGCGGCGAUCAUCAUUAUCGCGAUCCGCAUUUGAUUUGA